UCCUGACUCCUCGAGUCCUGUGCUCAUCCUUUCUACACAUCACGGCAUCAUCUGCGGGCAGAAUAUUAAGAUGCCUCCAAAGAGAAAAGCUACAUCCAGUAUGAGCUUUCGAUUGCUAUGAUUCUAACUGUGCUCACUAACAUCUUCCUCAGGUGUAACAGGCAGCAAGAAGACUGGCAAAGACUCGGUCUCAUCGACGCCUGGCCCCGCCACUCCGCGCAGUAUUGGGAGUAGCGAUGAGUACGAAUCGUCAGAGACCGAAGAGGAAACAGAGACGGUAAAGAAUGCGAAGUCGAAUCUUUCGGUCGCGAAGUACCAGAAGAGACGGGCAUCUGGAGUCAACGGUCGAGACUCUGCUAGUCACCACUUCGAUGGAGGAAAUACGGAUUUCUCAUACCUUUCACUGAAGCCGGAUCAUGACAACCGACCACUAUGGAUCGAUCCCCUCAAAGGCCGCAUCAUUGUAGAGAGCUUCUCUCCGUUGGCUAGCCAAGCCCAGGACUUCCUGACAACUGUGGCGGAGCCUCAAUCUCGGCCUCAAUACCUCCACGAGUAUAUCCUCACGCCACAUAGUCUUUACGCUGCUGUGUCGGUUGGAUUGGACCCAAAGGAUAUUAUAAAUGUCCUGAAUCGACUUUCGAAAGUGCCUAUUCCACAGAGUAUCCGGGACUUUAUUAAUGGCUGCACACAUAGUUACGGAAAGGUCAAGCUGGUUCUGAAGAACACGAAGCAUUACGUGGAAAGUUCAGAUCCAGAAAUGCUUCAGCGAUUGUUGAAGGACGAGGUCAUUGGAUCUCUCCGAGUUCACGGAACGGAGGAUAUCACGACAACUUCCGCUCCCAAAAUGGGUGCUCUUGUCAUACCUGGAACCAAGAAUGCUGCUGGUGUCAACCAAACCACGGACCAAACCAGGAAAGCUCAGGACGGAGAUAAUGCCAACCAGGAGGAUAUUUUUGCUACGCUGAACGAAGACGACGAUGAUGAAGAGGUGGACGCCGUUCAUUCCUUCGAAAUCGCUGAUAAUAGUGUGGAAACCAUUCAGAAGCGCUGCUUGGAACUUGGUCUACCAGUUCUUGAAGAAUAUGAUUUCCGUGCUGACGAUGCGAAUGCAAAUCUCGAUAUCGACCUUAGACCAGCUGCCCAAAUUCGAGACUACCAAGAAAAGAGCUUGAGUAAGAUGUUUGGUAACGGCAGAGCUAAGAGUGGCCUGAUUGUUUUACCUUGUGGUGCUGGUAAGACUUUGGUUGGUAUUACUGCUGCCUGCACGAUCAAGAAGGGUGUCAUUGUUUUGUGCACUAGUUCUAUGUCCGUGGUUCAGUGGAGACAAGAAUUCCUGAAAUGGUCCAACAUCAAUCCAAAUGAUGUUGCUGUCUUCACAUCAGACAACAAGGAUAAAUUCUCCGGCAACACAGGUAUCAUCGUCACAACAUACAACAUGGUGGCGCAGAAGGGCAAGCGCUCAUACGAUUCUCAGAAGAUGAUGGACUUCUUAACUGGCAGAGAAUGGGGCCUGAUGAUCCUGGACGAAGUGCACGUUGCUCCAGCACAUAUGUUCAGACGCGUGACGUCCAUCAUCAAGGUUCAUUCGAAGCUAGGACUGACUGCCACACUUCUUCGUGAGGAUGACAAGAUCAGUGAUCUAAAUUUCUUGAUUGGCCCUAAGCUCUAUGAAGCGAAUUGGAUGGAGUUGGCUGAGCAAGGUCACAUUGCGAGAGUGCAAUGUGCCGAGGUUUGGUGUCCAAUGACUACCGAGUUCUACUCGGAAUAUCUCAAGCAGUCAAGCAAGAACAAGUCUCUACUCUGGAUUAUGAAUCCUCGGAAGUUCCAGGCCUGUCAAUUCCUGAUCGACUACCAUGAGAAGCGUGGAGAUAAAAUCAUUGUCUUCUCAGACAAUGUUUAUGCCUUGAAGAUGUACGCUCAGAAGCUGAAUAAGGUCUUCAUUUACGGAGAAACCGGCAAUGCCGAACGACUUCGCAUUCUUGAAAACUUCCAACACAACGAGAAUAUCAACACCCUCUUCCUCUCCAAGAUCGGCGAUACCUCCCUCGAUCUCCCCGAAGCCACUUGCCUUAUCCAGAUCUCUUCGCAUUUUGGAUCUCGUCGUCAAGAGGCCCAACGUCUUGGACGUAUUCUUCGAGCCAAGCGUAGGAAUGAUGAAGGGUUCAAUGCCUUCUUCUACUCUCUCGUGUCCAAAGACACCCUCGAGAUGGUCUACUCCUCCAAACGCCAAGCCUUCCUCGUAGAUCAAGGUUAUGCUUUCAAAGUCAUUACUCAUCUCCAAGGCAUCGAAUCCCUUCCCGAUCUUGCUUUCACCACUGCACUCGAACGUCGCGAACUCCUCCAAAACGUCAUGAUCCACAACGAGACCGACACCGGCGCAGAUUACGAAGACGGUGACGAUCUCUUUCAUCUCGUAGAUCGUGAAGCUCCAAGUAAGAAGGGCAAGAAGAAGGCUGGUGCUAGGAGAACAGCUGGCACGCUCAGCGAGCUUGCUGGUGGUCAGGAUAUGGCGUACGUGGAGCAGAACAAAAUCAAGAACAAGGAGUUGAAGAAGAAGAAAGAGAGUAACCCUUUCUUUAAGAAGUUGCAGCGGGAUCAGGCGAAGAGAAAAUUGGCUAUGGAUGAUAAUUGAUUGCUCUAGGAAUGGAUGGGUGGUUGGCGUUUGGGUCGGUAAAUUGCAUGAGCGUCUGAUCUCCUUGGGCAUGGCGUUUGGUUAGUGGGAUUAUAGACAGCUGAGUGGUACGAUAUAAGA